CGGAACCCAAAUUCCAAAUAACAAACAAUCCUACACUCCUCUUCGUGUACCAAAUUAACUCCUCGGUUUUUUACCCACAAUUUUUACCACUAGAUUUCUGUAAAUCCUGCGAUUCACUCUCCUCUCCUGUGCCCCAAACCAUUAACCGCCUAAACGUAACUGCCUUCCAAACUGUCAUUAUCAUAUCCAGUUUGCCCUUGUAGAUUUGGACAAUGUGUGAAAGAGGAAAUAUUGGUGUUAGUGGAAAGAGGGAGCUACUAGUUUGGACCCCUAAAAUGGAUAGUGCAUUUAUACAGGCAAUGCUUAGAGAACAGGAUAAAGGUAAUAAGGUCGAUGGAACAUUCACAACCAAAGCAUAUGAGAAUAUGGUGGAAGAGUUGAGUAGAAAUCUGAAUCAGAAUAUCCACAAGAGACAUUUACAAAAUCGCUUAAAAACCAUCAAAAAACAUUUUUUACACUGCUAUGAUUUAUUUGGUGGAACUUCAUUGAGUGGUUUUACUUGGAACCCCAAGAGCAACUUAAUUGAGGCAGAAGAAGAAUUAUGGGAAGAAUUGAUAGCGAACAAGCCCGAUGCUGCAAUAUGGAAAACAAAACCUUUCCCAUACUACAAUGAGAUCUAUGAGUUAUUUUCUAAAGAUAGAGUAACUGGUACUGCAACCGAAACUGCCAAAGAAAGAAAAAGACGAAUGGGCAGCGAAGAGGAAAGAAUAGAAAUAGUUGAUGAAAUCGAUCAAUUGUUACGUACCAAUGAUAUUAAUUUUGAGAAUUUUAACAACGAUGAUGAUAUUCAGGUUACAUUGACCUCGGAAGACUCACAGGAGAAUCCUUCAAAAAGUAAAAAAAGUAAGAUUGAAGAACAAAGUGAUAUUGCCUUGAAGAUUAUCGGUUCCAUAGAAUAUUUAGUCGAUGCUAUGAAGGAGUGUACCAAGGCAAUUGUUGGAUCACGUCCACGUGUGUAUUCAGAAGGUGAAAUUUUUAAGGAAUUGGAACACAUAGGUAUUGGAAAAGAUGUCAUCUCAAAAGCCUAUCUUUUUUUGGUGAGAAGUCCGGAAAAUACACGGGCACUAUUUGGUUGUCCUCCUCGGAUGCGACUAGCUGUUCUGAAAGAAAUGAUGGGUUCGCGUGUUUGAAAUUCAAUUGCAUUCGGUAUGUGGUACAUUGAUUCGAAUUUAGUUUUUCGAAAAUAGUUGUAAACUUGUUAGUGUCAAUUGUUGCUCUAGGUUUAAUAAUGUUGAUGUUUUGUCGAUAAUUGAAACAAAAUCAUGAAUGUUUAAUGUCAAUUUGAAUGUAGUAGUCGAUAGUGUCAGAAUUUUAUUCA